ACGUCACGCAGACGAUAUAUGAAAAACGAUCUUCUGUUUGGCUGUGUGUUGUGGGAGAAACUUUUGGCUUGAAUAUAUAAUUAAUUUUGAAAUCUGUCUCGCUUUAUGGCCAGCUGAAUUUUGUAAUCAUGCAUGUCUUGCCUGAUACUAAGGAUAAAUUCGAUUGGGACCGGUAUCUAGAAAGCAAGGAGCUUGAAUCGGCGCCAAAUUUUGCGUUCCAUCAUAUUGACAAAUGCCAGCAAAGUCUACUUGAGGAGGGAAUGAUGGUGGAGGUUCAGACUAGUCAACGCCCAAGAUUCUGGCUCGCCAAUGUUACCUUGAAAUGUGGUCCAUUUCUUCGAUUAAAGCAUGUUGGGAGAGAAGACCCUACCCAUGAAAUAUGGACUGAUCCUUCGUCAGUGGAAAUCCACCCUGUGGGCUACAGCAGCAGUCGAGGAUGGCCGUUAGAACCGCCAGCCGAUCUGAAACCACUGAGAUCAGGAGCUAUUACCUCUCUGCUAGAGGAGCACAAAGCCGUCGACUGUGAAGCAUCUUUGCUCAGCCCGGCUCAGCAAAUGAAGCCUGGCAUGAUACUGGAAGUGGAAGACUUACACGAACCCCGUACUGUUUGGCCAGCCACCAUAGUGCGCAACGUUGGCGGCAGGUUGUUGCUCAAGUACUCCCUCCCAACCAGCAUUCCGGUCGAUAAUAACGAAGACGGUGUACAUCACGAAUGGUUGUUUUGCCUAUCUCCACGAUUACAUUGGCAAGGAUGGGCCGUUUCGCAAUCAACUUCAUGGAAUUACAGUCCCCCAAUGAAAAUCCGUUCUCUGUUUCAAGACGACAGCUUAGCUACUAUGUCAUCUGAAUUUCGCACGAUGAGUGGGAAACAAUGGCAAUUCGAACAAGAAGUUCCGGUUCACGGUUGCAGCGUUGGCGAUCGUAUCGAAGCUCUAGAUCCAUCCAAUCCUCUCGCACUGCGACCAGCAACAGUCAUUGAAGUGGUAGAUCCUCAACGAGUGGUGAUCCGUUUCGAGCUCGAGUCGAAUACCCAAGGAACGGAAGCGCCAUUUCACUUCGUCUGCUUUACCGUUUUCCGGCCAGAGGCAGACGAUUCCUGCCCGUCGAAUGACGUCGAAAAUGAAUCUGGUUUCACACGUGGCAUGGCCUUGGAGGCGGCCAACCCAUGGAAACCAGCGGAAGUAUGUGUGGGUGUUGUGACAAACGUUGAACGAUCAGCUACGCUCCUCCGCAUCCGCCUGGAGAAACCCGUAUCCGAUGACGGCCAUCCGACGGAAUUUCUAGCGCCCGUCUCCAGCCAAGAUUUGUUUCCAAUUGGCUGGUGUGAUGACAAUAGUUGGCCGUUGCGGGCUCCGCCCGUCGUUCCUUCAUCAUCGUCAGAACAGCCGCCAAUCCCUUCCGAAGGAAACCCAAUGGAAGUGGAAGAGAAAGGCCCCGAGCCAAAUGCAACUGAACAGAUUCCGGAACCGUCAGAAACUAGUGCCCCUGGAACUGCGGCGUUGCCCGGAAUCUCGUAUUGGUGUCCGAAAAUCUACUUCAAUUUCCGCUGUUUCUCCGGGCCAUUACUGAGUCGCAUCCGGGUUGCGGCUCUUCCGCGCAGCGUCGGUCCCGGCCCCAUCAGUUUGAUGAUGAAAGAAGUCUUGUCGCUGUUACUCAACGGCGCUUACAAGCCGGGAAGCGUACUGAAGCAAUUACAAGGUGAACCGGGUGAUCCGCUUCCACCUGGAACGCAACUGGAGCCGCUGAAAGCCAAGUAUAGACAAACUACAUAUCGCGGGACGGUCCCGAUGGCUUCAACAGCCGCCGACGUCCCGAAUUAUUGCCGCUGGGUCUGCGACAAGCUUCAGUGCUGUCCUUAUUUGUUUGCUCCGGAACUCGUUGGCGAUCCUUGUCCGCAUCGAUGCUGCAUCCUGGCGAAAACGGUAUGGCAGCACAAGAAGAAGGCCCCCAACUGGCGCCAUAGACGUUUUGUCGAUAUUCUCAAGAGCCUGCCCGGCUUGGAUCCGGUGGGCGGCGCCGAGCUUCAGCAACACGGCGGAUCCAACAAAUCCGGCCCGGCGUCGCUGGCGGCCAUCGAAUCGGGCGAACACAGCGACGAGGAAGACUCUGACGCGGCCGGCGAUGCGUCGCAACAACAGCAACCGCAACAAAGCGGCGAUUCGGAAGAACCGGCGGCCAAGAAGAGGCGCGGACGGCCGAGGAAGAAUCCCGUUCCGUUGGCCAGCUCGGAUCACAUCAUUGCGGAUGAAGAUCGUCGGCCGAGCCAAGUUUCACAUCCGCCGCAAAGUGCUGUUGCAGCCGUCGGCGAGAAGCCUUUCCCUGCGAUGAAUUUCCCAGCCUUUCGCCGGUUGGAUCUUGCCGAUCCGCCGCCGGAUCGCUGGCGGCCUGGCGACGUUUGGCGCUUUCUCCAAUCGACCGAUUGUCGACCAUUAGCCGAUCGCCUCCUGCAAUACGAAGUGGACGGCCCGUCACUUCUUUUACUGCAGCCGGCCGACAUCAUGGACUAUGUGACGCUCAAUUGGGAGCUGGCCCUGAGGCUGUGCCAUCUUAUCGGUUGUCUUCGACUGACCUACUCAGCGACUACGUCUCCUACGUCAAAGACGUUGACUGCCAUCGACGCUGGCGCCAGUAACGACGUGGCCAAAUCACCUGCUCCCAAGACGGCCCAGCGAGCUUCCUAAAAGAUUGGUGAGCCGGACCUCACGAUUUGUUUUGUUUUUUUUUUUUUUUUCUUUCUUUUUUUUUUUUUUUUUUACGAUGACAUAUCGAAACUCCGCCCAUCCGACAUUACAAAAGAUUUUUUUCAUUUUUCA